CUAUACCCUUUAAUUAUUAUUACUAUUCAUUUAUUAGGAAACGGUGCCGUAUUUAAAGAACCCCUUGAAGUGAAGGGUUUAGAAACGAAGAACAAUUCAUCUUUUCCUCAGCCACACUUCUUUUGCUUCCUUACGAACCCUCACUCUCAACACAAUCUGAAGAGAAGAAAGUAAAAAACUGACAGCAAUGGCAACACGAGUGGCAGCAAGAUUUGCAUCUAGAAGGCUAUUUAGCAGUGGCUCUGGGAAAGUUCUUGGUGAGGAGGAAAAAGCUGUGGAAAAUGCUUACUUCAAGAAAGCUGAGCAAGAGAAGUUGGAGAAGCUUGCUCGCAAGGGUCCUCAACCAGAAGCAACACCAGCUGCAGGUUCAGGUGGUUCAGUAACCGAUGCCAAACCAAGUGCCUCUGGACAUUCUGAUACAUCAGGUCCCAAAGUUUCAAGUGACAAAUACCGGAAUUAUGGAGUCGUAGCUGGCACCAUAACAAUUUUUGCGGCCUUAGGGUGGUACCUUAAAGGCACUGCAAAGAAGCCAGAAGUGCAGGAGGAUUGAAGAUUUCAGUUGUGGUGCUUGUUUUUUAAUUUCGUUUUGGGUUGCAGCAGCUGCACAAAAAUAAAUAACUACACACCACUCUGCUUUAUUCCAUCAUACUGUUAGCAUGGAUUAUUACUUUUUUGUUUACAAUGUUUUACAUGUGACCCGUAUAUUCAUAAUGUCACUUAACAUGACGAGCCUCAAAAUUAUGUUACUUGAUUGAUCAAAAUCAUUUGGUAUUAAUUGGCAAUGGUUAUAUAUGAUGAGAGAAUUUGAGAUUGGUAUA